UUAGCGAGAGAUGAUCUUGGUCUCCCAAAUUCCAGGUGAUCGCCUCCGUGCUCAGUGAGCUCUCAUAAAAUCUCACUAAAAGCUCGGGCACGAUAGGAGCGUCGUGUAAACACUAGCGCAACAUCGGAUCUGAUGGACAUGCUCAGGGUCGAGCGUUCCGGUGAACGUCUUAGUGAGCGGCCCGGCGACCACUCCGGCGAUGCUGGGAGGCUAGAGAGAAUGCCUUCGCGGUGGUCCUCCGGCAGCCCCACGAACCAGCACAACAGAUACCUCAGAGGGGGUGUUGGAGAUGUCGGCGGUAACGACGGCUUCACCAGUGGACGUUAUCACCCGUACCGGGGUCAGCCGAACUACCCUACUACUGGCAGCGGCUACGGUGGGGGACCAGGUUUCCACGGCGUUCAGGGGCUUCCUGAUGGUGUAGGGGGCUUUGGCGGCCAUCAGAUGCCAAUGGGUGGAAACAAACGUGGCUUUGAGGGCAUAGGAGAAUCUAUAGAUUAUGGCGAGGGAAACAAAUUUGCGAAACUGUUCAUUGGAUCAGUUCCAAGGACUACAACUGAAGAAGAUCUACGUCCUUUAUUUGAGGAACAUGGAUAUGUUAUUGAAGUAGCUUUGAUCAGGGACAGGAGAACCGGUCAGCAACAAGGUUGUUGUUUCAUUAAGUAUGCAACAUUAGAGCAUGCUGAUAGAGCUAUAAGUGCUUUGCACAAUCGGUAUACUUUGCCUGGGGGAACUGGACCAAUUCAAGUCAGAUAUGCUGAUGGUGAACGAGAGCGGCUUGGUUCAGUUGAGGAAAAGCUGUUUGUUGCAUCACUCAAUAAGCGGGCCACUGAAAAAGAAGUUGAGGAACAGAUUUUUGCUGCCUAUGGUCAUGUUGAGGAUGUUUAUCUUAUGAAAGAUGAGAUGAAACAGAGCCGUGGAUGUGGCUUUAUAAAGUUUUCCAGCAGGGACAUGGCUUUAGCUGCAUUGAAUGCCUUACAUGGGUCUUAUGUCAUGAAGGGAUGUAAUCAGCCAUUAAUUGUCAGGUUUGCUGAUAGAAAGAGACCAAGGCCUGGUGAUCAAAGGGGUGCUCCUGCUUUUGGUGGUCCUGGUUUUGGUCAUAGUUCUGAUGCUGUAAUACCUAACAGACAACUGAGCAAUUUAGAGGAACAAGGGGUUGGUCACAUGCCUCAUAAUGCUUGGGACUCAUUUAAUCCACCAUUGCAGCCUGUACAUGGAUUUGGAAGUCGGACAGCUGUCCAAGGUGGCAUUGCACCUACAUCGGCUGCUGGAUCUGGUUCUUUUGGAGGUGUGGCCCCUACAAAUGGCACUAUGCCUAACCUAGCAUUAAUAUCAUCUACGUCUCAACAGGCACAAACACUGGAAGCACCUUUCCAGCAACUUGGACAGCUUCAGAUCCCUCAGUCUAUGGGGCUUAACUCACUCAACCAAGGUCUACUGGCACAGCAGUUUCCUGGUCUCAGAGGACAAGUCUCUGCAUCCUCAUCUCUAACCCCGCAUAAUGCCACAGCUGCUGCUAUGCAAAAUUCUUUAGGCCUACAACAACAGGGCUUGGCAGCUGUUCCUAGUCAACAGCAGUUGCCUGCUUGUAACAUUCCGCAGCAGUUGGUUCAGCAGUCAAUGCAACAGUUGCCAUCCCAAACUCUACUGCAACAACAAGGACAAACUUUACAAUCAAGUUACCAAUCAUCACAGAUGGAAAUUUUUCAGAUCCAACAACAGCUACAGAUGAUGCAGCAGUCAAAUCUAAGCCAACAACUAAAUUCUCUGGCCGCUAAACAGCAGACACCAUGGACUGGGCAGACACAAUGGACUGGGCCACCGCCAAAUUCAAGUGCUUCUGCUAAUACAGCUGCUGUUCCUGUUAAUACAGCUGCUACAGCUAUUCCAUCAACCAUAUCUGCAACCCCAUCACAUCCUUCAAGUGCACCCGCUGGAGCAGUAACUUUAAGUUGCAACUGGACAGAGCAUACGUCUCCAGAAGGAUUCAAAUAUUACUAUAAUAGUGCCACCCGUGAAAGUAAGUGGGAGAAACCUGAAGAUCUAACACUAUUUGAACAACAACAGCAACAACAGAAGCUGUUCAUACUGCAGCAGCAGCAGCAGCAACUUCUGCAGCAACAGCAUCAGCUGCAGAAGAUUGCUCCCCAACAACGACAGUCUCCUUCCCAUACCCCAUCACAGGCAUUGGUUCAUACUAUGCAACAAGCUUCUCAAGUAUUAGUACAGCCUCAAAUGCAGCAAAGGCAGCAAGCACAAAUACAGGUUCUUCAGCCUACUUUCGCACAUCCGGCAUCUGGUGGGGCUGGUCAUCCAACUGUUCAGGACCUCAGUUAUGCGCAACUACAUGGAGCUAGCUCUGUGACUGAUUCUGCUGGAGUGCAACGGGGGAUUCAGGUGGCACAAGGGUGGGCGUGGAAAAAUAAAACCGGAGGUACCUGAAAUAGCAGAUCAGAGUCUCGGGACCGUUUGAAAGAGGGCGGAGCAGCUGUAGCCUCGGGUUGGAGAUAGUCUUGUGCUGCAGUUGAGGAUUCUUUUAAGCAGGAGAGAAGUCUGCUUGCAGCGUUGUUUUUGUAAACUAGAAAUGAGCUUUAAAGUUAGGAUCUAAUACAGGUUGAUGCUUCAACAUUUUUAUAUUAUGUAUUAGUUUUAUCUG